AUGCAAAAAUACCAAAAAUUCUUAUUAUUUGGUGAUUCCAUAACGGAAUUCGCUUAUACUACUCAACCAUUCUCCCUUGGUGCUGCAUUAUCUAAUGUGUAUACAAGGAAACUGGAUAUCUUACACAGAGGAUAUGCUGGCUACACCAGCAGGUGGGGUAUUAAAGUACUAGAAGAUAUACUGGAGGAACACGGCCACAAUGACAUUGCUAUUGCAACCAUAUAUUUUGGAGCUAACGAUUCAUGUCUAGGUGGUCCACAAGCUGUUCCCUUGGAUGAAUACAUCGAGAAUAUGAAAUUAUUAGUCGAUAUGUUAAGGAAAAAUAACAUUAAACCCAUAUUCAUGGGUCUAGCAUUAUUUAACCGUGAAUUAUGGGAGUCAAUAAAACCAGAAGAAAUAAAACUGGGUCAUAUCAGAACUGUUGAUAAUUUACAGCUGUACAGUAAUAGCCUGAAGAAAUUAGCCAAAAAGGAGAAUGUACCAUUUAUUGAUUUACACAAAUCCUUUACUGAAGUUGGUAGGGACUCUUGGAAGGAUCUUCUGUUGGAUGGUUUACAUUUCAGUAGUAAAGGUUAUGAGGUUUGGUACAACGAAUUAAUAGCCGCCAUCAAGGAAAAUUAUCCUGAAUACGACCCAGAUAAUAUGCAGACAAUGUAUCCCCUUUGGAGAGAUGUGAAACCAGAUUGUUCUAAUAUCUAA